UACAAAGUUACUUUCACUAAUGAGUAAAUGUGAAUCAGUUUGAGUAAAUCAUUGUGGAAUUACACUCAACUAAUUAUUAUUGCUCAAUAAUGAAUUGGAAAGUUUAAUUCAACAGAAGCUACUAAAAAGGGGGAGUAUUUUUUUCCCUUAUUUAAUCAAAUAUCAGAACAACUCAAGGAUAAAGAAAAUUUGUUUUUAUGCAGCUAGAAAGCUAAAAUUCACUGAAAAUCCAGUUGUAACUUCCAUAACUACAGUCAAAUUCAUCAAUUUGAAUAUGCAUAGAAAAGAUUUUCAAAGAGAGAUUAAAAAUUUACGUUAUGGAGGUUAUGACUACUUGUUAUUCUAACGCUAUAUUAGUAGUCUAUUAAAAAUUAAUGUCAAAAAUAGUCUAGAUUAUUUAUCAACAUACAUUGUUUGCUCCAUUCUACUUGAAUAUAAGCGAAAAAAGAUAGAUAAGUCUGCAUUUAACAAACACUGCUAAUUGCGAUCCCAAUACAAUCAUAUCUGUGUAUAUAUGUAAACAUACUUAGACUUUUAUUUGAAUUCAUUUAACAUUGUACACUGUUGAUAGCUUGAACAUAAAUGAUGCUCACUUCGAAUUGGAUUAUUAUAGUAUGUUUAUACACUACUCUGGUCAAUCAGUUUCAGAGUAUUGGUACACAAGGUUUGGAGUUAAGUGGCAACAGAUUCAGCAGACAACAGCAUCGACGAUCACUGUAUGAACUGGACGCUUAUCAAAUGGAAUCUAAGCCAGAGUUGAAGGCAAAUCAUGGUCAAAAUUAUACACAAAUUAUGUGUCGUGUAAAUCGACCCAAGCCGAAUGCUGAAGUUUAUCUGACAUGUCCUGCUUUAGGCGAGAAUAAAUUACUCGGCAAUUGUUAUCAAGGAUGUCAACCGACCAAUCCAUGUUUACAUUCAUCACAGAGACAUUUUGGAUGUGUACCACACGAUCAAACAGUAUUUUGUCAGAAAAUUGAAUAUCCCAAUGGGACUAUUGUGCUAAAUUUGAAAGUGGAUCGAAGUGACAAACGAUUGACGGGUUUAUGGUCUUGUACACAUGCUGGCUUAGAAAGUACAAAGUUUGAGAUAGAUUUGAAAAGUUAUUCAAAUGGGAAUCAAGUAGUGCCAGAAUCGAAGCCAUUGGCUAUUAAAAAUGAAUACAAUUCAGAUACAGAUGUUCUGAAAAGUGUUCAUUCAGAGCAGGCUGCUCUACUCAAGGAUAGACCAUUGGCUCAAAUGAGAAGGCCAGAAAUACUGUUUACUAUAUUGGCAGUUCUCGCUUUGUCCAUCCUUAUCAAUCUUGCAUUCUGUAUUAGAUGUUUACUUUUACGCUCAUAUAUUGAUGCUUCCAAUGAGGGAUCAAGUAAGACUAACUGUCUAGCCGCUUGUCUAUGCUUACCAGAGGAAAUGAGAAAAGGUUCUAUGAUAAUGACCACACCGAUUCUGCCUCGUACCAAUAUGACACCACAAAUGAAUCAUCAUGUCCGAAUGAAUGGUUCAGAACCUGCAGGAUUCAAUUCCUCUUACAGUUUAUCUGCGCUACAAAAAGUACCAUUACUUUAUAAUAAUGGUUCACCGUAUAAGGAGAAUUUGAGUCCAGGCUAUAUACCUACAAAUUCUCUGCCAGGUACAUUCAGAAAACAUGGUAUGCCAAAUCUUAGAAAUGUGAAUACACCACAACCGCACAGUGGUGGACUUAUCCACCAUCCACAACCUAUAGAUCCAGAAAAUCACAACCUGACUGCCUUCACUGCAAUGAUUGAUGAAGAUAAUAAUAAUAAUAAAUUUGUUAAUUUAACACCAACAUAUAUUCGUGCACCAUCGUUGAAUACACCGUCACCGAAUCUUAGUCGUAGGGUAGCAGUAAAUAACUAUGGUUAUUCUCCACAAACUGCUGUACGUUAUAUUGGACAAGGUGAUAUUCAUUCUUACCCCCAGUAUAUAAUUCGAGUUCAACAUCCACAUGUUGUAUACGACGAUGUAGCUGCAGGAUCACUGAGUCAUAGUCCAAAUGGCAGUAUGCUGGAUGCUUCAGGUAUGCAUGGUCAUCUGACGCAUAUUCAAAGCAUCAAACAAAAUAAUAUGUCACAGCCAAUAAAUUCUAGUUUCUCAAAUCUUGUAAACCUACCUACAGAUCCAAAUGCCCAAAAUCAUUAUAUUUCUCUUCAACCAUCGGGGAAUAGUAAUAAUAAUAACAAUAAUAAUAAUAAUAAACCAGGUGACAAUAAAGCCACAGGAUCCACAACAUGUCCGUCUACUUCCAGUCAAAUAUACACUUAUUCAGGUCAAAUACAAUCAGAUACAUCAGUGAAUCCAAGCAUGCUAGCAUCAUUUGCAACAGGGAAGCUUUCAAAUUCACAACACACCGCUCCAACAACACACAGUACAAAUAGUGAAGAAGGCAUGAAAGCAAUAGAAGAAAAUUCGACAGAAAUUUUAUCCAGAGACAAUAAUAAGUCGGGUAUAAAUCCGACCACGACAACGACAGCGAAUGACAACGCCUCACUUGUAUCUAACAGUAAGGCAUCAGUAUCUAAUACCAAUGUGUUGUACAAUACAAAUUCACAUAAUAAUAAAUCUGAAGGUUAAAUCAGGCGCAUAAAUUGUCAAAAAUUAAAACAAAAAAAUUAACUAUUUUUAUUCUAGUAAAAGAAUGUGUUAUACUUAUCUCCCUCCCUUAUGGUUUUAUUACUAUCACCACUACUGGCAUUACUGAUGAUGAUGCAAUCGAGGCUGUUCAGCCAACUUUUCAAACCCAAACAAUUUAGUCAAUUUUAAUUCCGUAUUUAGUAGACUGUAAAAAGAAAUAUCUUUGGUUUUUUUUAAGCUCUUUUCUAUCAUGAUACAUGUGUCAGUGGUCCGAAAACAAAAUUUCCCGCCUGAGGAAGUACUACAUUUCGAUAGGGUUUUGACCGAUAAACCUGCUAUCUAUCUAUCUAUCUAUCUAUGUGUGAUGAAAUGAGCUAGGAAUGACUAAAUUUUAAAUUGUCAAAUGUUUAAACUUUUGUAUUCCAUAAUUCUUUGUAAUAAUGUAUAAUGGUAACAGUAUUCACCAAGUGCUUAGUUCACUCCUUAUUUAUUGUUAAACUUGUAUUUAGAGAAUAGUGAAUGAAACAUCUUUUAUAAUUCAAU